UAUUUUCCUCGCAGUAGUCUGAUGUUAGCGCUACCAACAAGAUGUCAACGUCACGGUCUCAGACAGCAACUAGAGGGAAAAAAGAAGGUUUAGAUAUGGAGCUCAAAGGAAAGGGUUAUCCUAAGGGUUACUCUUUAUCUUCGGGGUCGGCUACGCCUUUUUCUAGUGAUUCAGAAGAUGACGUGGGGGAAACCACUGAUAACCAAAAAAUGGAGGACAUCGUAUUUGCUCUACGUACUAAAAUACGAUUAGAUGCUCAAAAAUUUCUGGAAGAAAAUGAACAAAUUCGUCAUGACGCAAACCAAAAAAUAAAAGAAUUGAAAGAAUCAUUUCAAAAUAAGGAGGAUGAAAUAGCAGAAAUUCAGAAAAAUCAUAAAAGAGAUAUUCGCGAAAAAAUCAAGCACAUUGACGAGCUUGAAAAAAAUAUUCAAAAAGCCGAAGAAGGUAUAACUGUUCUUCAAGAAACCAACAAAGAACUUCUGAAGAAUAAAACUGAACAAUCAGAGGAGAGAAAAAGAGGAAUGGCGGAGGUGGUGAAGCUUAAGAAGGAAUUGCAUGAUGUCUACCAAAACCUUGAACAAAUGAAGAAAAAUAUGACUGAUAUGGAGAGCUCCUCUGAAAAAGCAAAGAGCGACCUGAAGGAAUCCUUAACAAAGGAAAGCACAAGUGAUAGCAGAAUGGAAAAGUUGGAAGCGGAUUUAUUGAAAGCAAAUUCUGAAAUUAACAGACUGAAUCAAAUGCAUGCUAAAGAAAUACAAAAAGUUCGUGAACAGUAUAAGAAAAUAAAGUCCCAAAAUGACGGUCUCAAAAGCGACAUGGGACAGUUACUGGCAGAAAUGAAAGAAAUGCGCAAAGAAGUGAAAGAAGUCAAAGAAUUCAAACUGCCACAGGGAAGUAGAAAAUGACAAUGAACAUAACAUUGGUCUACAUGUAAACUUAUGCAGUUCUAAUUUCUCAUUUAACAGAAAAAGAAUUCUAAAGAGAUUUCAAAAUUAUCGUCAUACGAAGAAAAAGAUUAAAAUAUAGCAUUCGAAAGAUAUCAAUUUAACCCAUUCAUCGCAAUUUGAAUCAAUUUAUGGACAUACAAAAACGCACAAUUGCAUGAAUUAAUAAACCGUUUAAGGGACGAUUAUGUAAUAACAGUCUAGCAAGAAAUCCAAAACUAUUAUAAAAUCAUAUUGUCUAGCUGCCUAUCAGUCAACAUUUUAAGAGCUUUCAAAUUUAUAAAUUUCUUUGAGAGCAAGGUACCUACAUACCUACAGGAGGGAGAUACCCUUUUAAUUUGAAGGUCUGUCAAGACUUUUAAUGUGGUUAUUAACAGAGAUGGUCUUCAACUUAUAUUAUGUGCUCAUCAGUACUUUAUGAGUAAAGAUGACACCAAUAUUUCUGAGGGGGUAUACCACAGCCUAUCUGACUGUUUUAGUAAUUGUUGUAUAUACAUUUAUGUUCGUUAUGUUAAAAAGUUUAAGCAUACGAUUUUUUUUUCUUCACCGAAUUAGUUGGUUAUUUGAAAAAGACCCAUAUAAAUAUUGUCAUCAUAUAGUAUCAUCUCUAUGUUGUAUUAACGUCUAUUUGUGCCUUUACAUACUUAUAAUUCUCACUUUAACACACAUUUGAGUGAUGAUAUAUGUCACCUUCCUUAUGAGCUUAAUUGUGUUCUAAAAUUACUGCUUCCUUUCUGAUAGUGUCAAUUUUCUUGUUAUAAUUAUUCGAAUAUAUUGUAAAUAGACUGUCUAUAUAUUUAUGAUACUGUUUUGAUUUCCUUUUCAUAAAACAUGCACGAUGUUCUUUACAUAAAAAACAUUAUGAAUUGUU